AUGUACCGACCUCGAUUCGCACCAAAUGCAGAAAGUACUGCGCCUUUUUUGGUGUUAAUUGGCUCCAGUAGUUCUGUAGAGUUUCAUUUUGGGAAAGUGUUAUGUUUGCUACAGUCCAAACUGAAUCGUGGUUUGACCUGGAGCUCAGAAGAGACACGCUGCCUAAUUGAUAUUUGGGCAGAUGACCAUAUUUCACAGCUACUAGAGAAGACGCAUAAAAAUGCUGAUGUGUUCAGCCAAUUUAGCGAACGGAUGAAGGAGAGGGGAUUUCAGCGGUCUCCUGCGCAAUGCCGUAUAAAAGUUAAAAAACUUCGGCAAAGUUAUAUGAAGGUGCAAGAUGCUCUCAACAAGAGUGGCAAUUCAGGAGAAGAGAAAGACAAAUGUCCAUGGUAUGACGAACUAGACAAAAUCCUUGGAACACGACCAACAGUUUGUCCCGUGGACAUUGUGGAGUCCUAUACUGACGAGACCACACCUAGCCAAAUGAAUCCAUCCCUUUCUAGCAGCUGCUCUGGAGAAGUCGAGCUUAAUGAAAAUGGCUUCAUAUACACACCCCAUACGCACAUUGUUGAGGUUUUUUUGUUUAAUGCUAUUUUUUUACUGACAGGAGAAAAGGGGAUAUCCUCCACCGAUACAGAACCAACUGGCCCUACAGAUGCCCCUUCUACCACAUCCACUGAUAAAGAGUAUAGCGAUGUUCCACCCAGUUGUGAUGGGCAGAGUGGAGAAAGCAGUGGAAGACUGGCCAUUCCUGGGGCUCAAGCUAGGAAGCACCUAGGAAGGAAGCGUAAUGUCAAAGAUUGUCAGGCUGAUAGUGGGCUGAAGGCUUAUAUUGCUCAGCAAAGCAAGCAGCUACAGGAAAUGUAUGAAGCUGAGCAAAAACGACAAUCACAGAAGAACAUAACCCUUGAGAAUCUGCUGAGGGAACAUCAGAAGGCAGAGGAAAGGAGAUUUCAAGCUAUGCAACAGCAGCAAGAGGCAAAUCGUCACAUGUUUACACAGCUAAUGUCCACUCUCACUAGUGCGUUGUCGUCUUGUCAGUCGCAGCACCCACACCCAACCCACUUGAUUCCUCCAGCUCCAAUCAUGUUAACCCCUACCAGUCCCUGGUCCAUUCCUCAGCCGCCCAUGGCCCAACCACAGCAGCCUAUGGAUCAACCACAGCAGCCCAUGGCCCAACCACAGCAGCCCAUGGCCCAACCACAGCAGCCCAUGCCUGUGCAGCUCCUGAAACCAUCUAUGGUUAGACCAGGUGAAGAGGCUAGAAGUGUUUUAUCUUUUGAAUCACAUGGCAAUCUGCCUGUGUCCAGUGUACUACAUCAAGUGAAUGCCAGUGAGCAUUUCUACAACUUGUAG